GCUGGUGCUGGGUGAUGAGCCCGGAGCCCUGCGCUGCCUGGGAACCAGCAGCGAGCAGCACCCGCUCCAAACCCACCCCUGGGCCAGAGCUGGUGGUGAGGUCCCCCACCCCCGGAUUGCCCCCCAUCCCUGCAGGUCCCCAGGUCUCCCCCACCGUUGCAGGUACCUGGGGAAAGCUGCCUCGCUGACCGCUCUGCCUGGGGCUUGCACCGACCAGGUGGAGCCGGGCUCCCGAGGCAAUGUUACCGCUUUGCAACCGAGCUGGGCGCCGCCUGCUGCGGGUGGCGGGGGCGAGCCAGUGGCUGCCUCUCCUGAGCCCCCCGCUGAGCAGAGGCUGCCAUUCGGGGGAAGCCCGGGGCGCCCCCUCCAAGGCCACCAAGAAGAGAGGCUACGACAUCACCAGGAACCCCCAUCUCAACAAGGGGAUGGCCUUUACACUUGAAGAGAGGCUACAACUUGGAAUUCAUGGUCUGCUUCCUCCGUGCUUCUUGAGCCAAGAUGUUCAAGUUCUCCGUGUCAUGAAAAGCUACGAGACCAAAUCCAGUGAUCUAGACAAAUACAUUAUUCUUAUGACACUGCAAGACAGAAACGAGAAGCUUUUCUACAGAGUGCUGACCUCUGACAUUGAGAGAUUCAUGCCCAUAGUUUAUACUCCCACCGUCGGCCUGGCCUGUCAGCAGUAUGGUCUAGCUUUCAGAAGGCCACGUGGACUGUUUAUCACCAUUCAUGACAAAGGCCAUAUUGCAACAAUGCUAAACUCCUGGCCUGAAGAAGAUAUAAAGGCCAUCGUGGUGACAGAUGGAGAGCGAAUUCUAGGCCUAGGAGAUCUAGGAAGUUAUGGCAUGGGGAUCCCAGUAGGGAAACUUGCCUUGUACACAGCCUGUGGUGGCGUUCACCCACAACAGUGUCUGCCUGUCCUGCUUGAUGUUGGCACAGACAACGAGGCUCUCCUGAAUGAUCCACUCUAUAUUGGACUGAAACACAAGCGGGUCCGUGGGAAACAAUACGAUGAACUGAUUGAUGAGUUUAUGCAAGCAGUCACUAACAAGUAUGGCAUGAAUUGCUUGAUCCAGUUUGAAGAUUUUGCCAAUGCCAACGCUUUCCGUCUUCUCAACAAAUACCGCAACAGAUAUUGUACAUUCAACGAUGACAUUCAGGGUACCGCCUCUGUUGCAGUAGCUGGCAUCUUCGCAGCCUUAAGAAUCACAAAGAACAAGCUCUCCGACCAUAAGUUUGUUUUCCAAGGAGCCGGAGAGGCUGCCAUGGGCAUAGCCCAACUCAUCGUUAUGGCCAUGGAAAAGGAAGGAAUUUCGAGGGAAGACGCCAUCAAAAAAAUCUGGAUGGUGGACUCCAAGGGACUAAUUGUCAAGGGGAGGAGUCACCUGAACCACGAGAAGGAAAUGUUUGCCCAAGAUCACCCCCAGAUGAGAACUCUGGAGGAGGUAGUGCAAAGAGUGAAGCCGACAGCUAUUAUAGGUGUAGCCGCCAUCGCAGGAGCUUUCACGGAGAAGAUUUUGAAGGACAUGGCGUCUUUCAAUGACAGGCCCAUCGUAUUUGCCCUAAGUAACCCCACGAGUAAAGCAGAGUGCACAGCCGAGCAGUGCUAUCACCUAACAGAGGGCCGAGGCAUAUUUGCAAGUGGGAGUCCAUUCCCUAAAGUAACCCUGGCCAGUGGACAGACCUUCUUCCCCGGCCAAGGAAAUAAUGCCUACGUGUUCCCCGGAGUGGCGCUGGGAGUCAUUGCCUGCGGGGUCCGGCAUAUCUCCGAUGAUAUCUUCCUCACCACGGCAGAGUCUAUUGCUGAAGAGGUCACGGAGGAGCAUCUUGCUGAAGGGAGACUCUAUCCUCCCCUGAGUACCAUCAGAGAGGUGUCCUUCAAAAUUGCUGUUGAAAUUGUUGACUACGCCUACAAACAUAAGCUGGCUUCCUGGUACCCAGAACCAGAAGACAAGGAAGCCUUUGUCAAAGCCCUCAUCUAUAGCACUGAAUAUGAGUCAUUUGCUAUCGAUAACUACAGGUGGCCACAAGCAGCCAUGCACAUUCAAGAUGUAUAAUUUUUUUAAAACUCUGAUCCUUAAUAUUCUCUGGUUGUUACCAUCAUUGCCAAUCUUCAGGCUUGCAAAAUUGUAUUGUAUCUGGAAACAAGCACUUCCUUACUUGCAGCUGCCUUUUUACUUUGUAAGUACCUGACUAGGGAACAGGCCAGAGCCAACAUGUGCAGUGACAGAGACAUAUAUGUCUAAAGGCUUACCCCAAGAAGUCCUGCACCGUAGUUUCCACCUUCCUUCAAAGCACUCCUGUGACCUUGCAUAAACAGUAUUCUCUUCUAAACAAAUUGUCUCACUUCUGUAUCAAAAGAAUGAAUUGUAAAGUAGCAAAUCACACAGGAAACAUAGCUCCCAAGGAACUGGCUUGGGUGCUCUCUUCUACAAAGCGAUGGUGGUAGAGGCCAAAACUGUCAUUGAAGUUUCAUUUCUUUGAUACACAGAGUGCCGCGGUGAUUUUUUUAUUUUUAUUAGUAAUCAAAAAGAAUUGCAAUCAAAGGCACUGUGGCAUCACUACUGUUUUGGCGCUCUAGUCUCCUUUCAGUGACACUAGCAGAAAUCAGAAGGCGCUGCACUGGAGCCAAUGGAGUUUGCUGUAAGUUUAGGAAGACCUUUCAAAAAUCUUCCAUGUUGAGUGUCUAAUAUCCUGGGACCAACAUGGGUACAACAACACUGCAUAUGUCCCUUAACUAUCAGUUUGAAUGUAUUAGUGAGGAGUAUCCUUUCCCUAUUGAUUCCUCUAAAAGGGAAUAAUAUCAGCUCAACCUGAAGAUGUGUUGCAGUGUUGUUGUAGCCAUGUUGGUCCAAGGAUAUUGGAGAGCCAAGGUGCGUAAGGUAAUAUCUUGUAUUGGACCAACUUCUGUGGUGAAAGAGACAAGCUUUGGAGCUACACAGAGCUCUU